GAAAAAAACCCUAGAAUCGAAAAAUUGUUUAAAAUUUAAUUGUUGCUCUUGUCAUAUUGUUAAUAAAAUUUUUUAAAUCAACAAUUAAUUAUUAUUUUAGAUAAGAGUAUAUAAAUCAGGUUUAAAAUUCUUAUAUUAAAUAUUUUCUAAAAUGCUAGAAAUAACUUGCAAUGAUCGACUUGGAAAAAAGGUCAGAGUCAAGUGUAAUCCAGAUGACACAAUUGGUGAUUUAAAAAAAUUAAUUUCUGCUCAAACUGGUACUCAUUGGGAGAAAAUUGUUUUGAAGAAAUGGUAUACAAUUUACAAAGAUCACAUCAAAUUACAAGAUUAUGAAAUACAUGAUGGCAUGAAUUUGGAGUUGUAUUAUCAAUAAUACAAAAAGUAAAUGCAAUAUUUAUUUUCUAUAAUAAAUUCAAUUGAAACAAUAAUCCAUAAUAAUUAUUUAAGU